AUGAAUGGUGAUAUUGAGCUUGCUACAGUAUUUGGCGACUCAGGGUCUGUGAUGAAGGGGAAGUUUGCCGGAAAUAGAGUUUACCGGAAUCUUGGCCUAAGCUCGGAUAAAUCUUUUUUUUUUUUGAUUAAAAAUUCACAGAGCCUUCCAUAUUCAAACUAUCACGAGAAUUUCCAACCACAUCACAGCCUUGAAAAUUACAAGUUAAUACGGAGUAGUCAAUCCAGCGUUGACCGUUGUCGUUAUACCUUGUAA